UUAUCCUCUCGGGUAUGUCCUUUCAGCUCCAAGAACUUAAACCGGGAUUAGCUUUGUUGCCGAUACCUGUUUACGUUUUUUCACAAAUGGCGAUGGCAAUAGCUUUAUCAUGCAGCCAUCUCAGUCCUACAGCUACUAAUAAACUCCCCCACUCCUCGAUCUCUCCACCCACAACGCUUCCCUUCCCUCUCAAUUCCUUCAGCCUCAAAGCCCCAAUAUUCCCCAUUUGCCGUAGCCAGUAUGAUAGCUCGGGUUAUGAGGAAGCCGAGGCGGUCGACGAACCUUUCUUCCGUAAUUUGGUUGAAGAGAGCGACGACGACGACGACGACGAAACAGAGAGCAGCGUGGAUUUAUUGAUGAGAUUCUUGCAGAGCAUGUUCAGGAAAGUCUCGAAGCGUGCCAAGAAGGCUUCUAGAUCUAUCUUACCUGCUGGAAUGUCGCCCCAACUGGUGUCUUUUGCAGUUGAUGGAGUACUCUUAUUGGCUGCACUUUCCAUUCUCAAAUCACUUCUUGAGGUGGUUUGCACUCUUGGAGGCACUGUAUUUGUCGUAAUACUUCUCCUUCGCGUGAUCUGGGCUGCUGUGUCGUAUUUUCAAUCGAUUAGCAAUGCUUUUAACCAAGGUGGGGGUUCCUUCGGCGCUUCACAGCCAAUAAUAUAACCUCAUCAUUGGCUAAAGAUGGGGUUUUGGAAGUUUUUUUUAUACAGAUGUGCUGCUGUUUCCUCUUGCACAUUUGACUAGGAAAGGGCAAAUAUGACAGCUGUGUACACCUUUUUACACUAGUACUAUUGAAUAAUUGAUCAUAUGGCGUAAAAGAA